UCACCAAUAGCGCUCUUAGGUUGUCAAACUAUUUUAAAGAUAAUUUUUGGAGAAAGUUCAAAAUUUUUGUUCUAAAGAGGAAUCUUUUGGUAAAACGGAAAAACACAGGCGAACAAACAUUCGGUAAUAAAAUAAAAUCAACCUAACAAAAAUUCUCCAACGACUUUUGACGACCUGGUGAACAAAAUGUCAACACUCAACGCCCUUGCAACGAUUGGAGCAAGUUCAAAGUGCCUCCUAAAAUCCAGCAUCUCCACCAAAUCUUCAGCCGUCGUCCUCACUAACUUCUUCCGCAAUUAUGCAACCAGCCAACCGGAAGUAGGCGGCAUAUGCAUUGCAAAUGAUGAGGUUAAAGCCUUUAUCGAACGGUCCAUGACUGCCGUGGGGACCAGGCCCGCCCACGCUACAGCCCUGGCCGAAAAUCUCACAAUGGCCGAUUACAGAGGUCACUUUAGCCAUGGACUGAAUAGAUUGGAGAUGUAUGUGAAAGACAUCCAGUCUGGCAUUACAGUCAGUGACAAAGAGCCAGUCAUUCUGAAGGAGUCAGCAGCUACAGCUCAUGUUGAUGGUAGCAACCUACUGGGUCCAAUUGUCGGAAAGUUUUCUAUGGAGAUUGCAAUCAAGAAGGCUAAAGAAGCUGGAGUUGGCUUUGUCAGUGCUAAAGGGUCAAAUCACUAUGGAAUAGCUGGCUUCUACAGUUUGAUGGCUUGCGAACAAGGUCUUCUGGGUAUGUCAUUCACAAAUACGUCACCAUUGGUUCUGCCAACAAGAGGAAGGAAGGCUUGUUUAGGAACCAACCCACUUUCGUUGGCAGCUCCAGGCAAGGGCGUUGACACUUUCGUUCUUGAUAUGGCAACAUCCUCCGUCGCUCUGGGGAAAAUCGAGUUGAAUGCUGUCAAAAAAAUCAAAAUACCAAGGGGCUGGGGAGCUGACGGAACUGGUCACGUUACAGAAGAUCCGGACCUCUGCAUCAAAGAGGGAGGUUUGCUGCCCUUGGGAGGCGCGGAAGAGACCAGCGGAUAUAAGGGAUACGGUUUGGCCAUGUUGGUCGAAAUUUUUUGCGGUAUUUUGUCCGGGGGCGAAUUCGGUCCGAGAAUAAGGAAGUGGAAGGAGACCAACAGGGUUGCUAAUUUGGGUCAAUGCUACAUAGCCAUCAACCCUGACAAUUUCGCACCUGGAUUUACAGACAGGAUGCAGAUCCUUAUGAAUCUAUGCAGGCAGAGUGAUCUAGCUGAAGGCGAGAAAGAAAUCCUAAUAGCUGGAGAUCCAGAGCGCAAGCACAUCAAUAAGUGCGACAGAGCCGGGGGGAUAACAUAUCACCCCAAUGUUAUUGCCCUGUUGGAUGUGAUGGCCGACAAAUUAAAAAUUGAAAGAAUUGUAGUAAAGAAGUAGAGCCUUAUAUCGUUUAAAUAUUCAAUUGGCAUAUGAUUUUUAUAUCAUUUUGACUUUCUGAGAUUAAAAAAUGAUUUAAUUAUUUUUAUUAAUGUCUAAUUAGCAAUUCAUAUUAGGCUUGAAAGUUUUUUUAUAUUUUCAUUUAAUUUAUAUUUUAUAUUAUUUUUUAAAAUGAGUCCUUUUUAUGGUUAGCUUUGAUUAGUUUUGCUUUCUUAUCGAAUCUGUUCCCCAAUUUAUUUUAUGUUAGGGCUAGUAGUGUAUUAUAAUUUGAUACCUUUACAUUUGUAUAUCAUUUAUUUGUAUCUAAUUUAUUGAAAUCUGAAUAGACAGUGUUUUUAAUUUCGAUUUUUGCUUGACAGUUUUUAUUUUAUUACUUAUUUCUAUGAUAAAUUUAUAAAGAUACUGCAUUAUACUGAAUUAAUUCGUCGAAU